CGUCCACCAACGCUCCUGCCAGCGGGGCCAGUGGAUCGGUAGCAGGGGCCAGUGGAUCGGCAGCAGGGGCCAGUCGAUCGGCAGCAGGGGGAAAACGGUUUGUGCAGGAAGGGACGAAGUCGCCCAAGCCAGCCAAAGGCUAAUCCAUCGUUCUCGCACAGAAGCUCCUCACUACGCCGCUGCCCUCGCUGCUGCUCUGUGCUCACUACAAGCUGCAACUCCAGGUUACUCCAUCACUCGCUCUCUCACCGAAGCUCCUCACUACGCCGCUGCCCUCGCGGAUUCUCUGCUUGUUACAUCAUUCCUUGUCAACACUUGA